UAUCAAACUGGAACUAAUUUGCAAAACCCCAAUUUAAACCCGGUUGCUACAUGUCAAUUCCAGGGACGAUUGGAGCGAGAAAAAACAGCCAAGAAGAAGAGAAGACCCCGCUUUUUUCCCUCGUCAUUUUCUCCUUUUUGUUCUGUUCAGGACAGCAGUCUGAGAUCCAGCUCCAGCCAGAGACAUCCAUCCAUCACUGGGGGCCUUUGUCCGAAAAUAAUUGGCCAUCCGAUCUUGCUGCAUUGCUUCUUUCUCCAAGCUGAGUGAUCCAACGGUCCAGAUCUGUUUCUCAGAUUCAUUGGACAGGUCAUUGCUGAAACUACCUGGCCAAUGGAUUUCAAUGGUCCAUCAACAACUGUAAUGGGAACUGAGGAGGUUGACAGUUAUUACAAUAUUUGGGAUUCACUGCUAUUGGCUUAUGAUCAGUGGGUUGCACUUCCUAUAUCUGGUCAACGACCAUCAGCUCGCUAUAAGCAUGCAGCAGCAGUGGCCCAAGAAAAACUCUAUGUUACUGGGGGGAGUCGUAAUGGUCGAUACCUAUCUGAUAUUCAGGUUCUUGAUCUUAGGACUUUGACAUGGUCUAUGGUGAAGCCACAUCCAGACCCGAAUCUUGAUUUGAAAGGAGACAGUAACUCACAGGAAAUCCUACCUGCUUCUGCAAGUCAUAGUUUGGUUAAGUGGGGAAACAAACUUCUAGUUGUUGCUGGACACUCAAAGGAACCCUCUGAUACUGUGACAGUUCGGUCAAUUGAUAUAGAAACACAUCGCUGCUGUGUUGAGAAGACCUCUGGAGAAGUUCCGGUAGCUCGUGGAGGGCAGUCUGUAACACUAGUUGGCUCUAGACUGAUAAUGUUUGGUGGAGAAGGUAUUAGCAGGAAGCUACUUAAUGACCUCCAUAUUCUUGAUUUGGAAACUAUGAGAUGGGAUAUAGUACAAACCACGCAAACACCCCCAGCACCAAGAUUUGAUCACACAACUGCAAUACAUGCAGAACGGUACCUUCUGAUUUUUGGUGGUGGUUCUCAUUCAACCUGUUUCAGUGAUCUUCAUGUUCUGGAUUUGGAGACUAUGGAAUGGUCUCAGCCACAAAUUCAGGGUGAAGAGGUGACUGCUAGGGCUGGUCAUGCUGGUGCCACUAUAGAUGAAAACUGGUAUAUAGUAGGUGGUGGUGAUAAUAAAAGCGGUGCUUCGGAAACUCUUGCAUUAAAUAUGCCUAAGCUCAUCUGGUCAGUGGUUACAAGCAUAAAGGGACGAGAUCCACUUGCCAGUGAGGGUGUAAGUCUGUGCUCGGCAGAAAUAAAUGGAGAGAAGCUCCUGGUCGCGUUUGGUGGCUACAAUGGGAACUAUAACAACGAGGUAUUUGUUUUGAAACCCAAGCCAAGGGAUUCAUCAAAGCCAAAGCUUUUUCAAUCGCCUGCAGCAGCCGCAGCUGCAGCUUCUGUUAAGGCUGCAUACGUGUUGACGACCAUGACCACAAACAAGCCAUAUGUCAUGAAUGCGGAUGAUGUGACUUCCAGGGAAAUCAUAACUGGAACCUCUCCACAGGACUUCACAUCGGAUAUCAAUGCAAUUACAACAGAGAAGAAGACGGUGGAGUCUGCGCUCACAGAAAUACGGUUGGACAAUUCUAGGCUGAAGGGAGACCUAGAUGAGAUGAACAAUACCCAUGCUGAAUUAUCCAAGGAACUUCAUUCAGUCCAAGCUCAACUUGCAGAUGAGAGAUCAAGAUGCCUCAAACUGGAGGUACAAAUUACGGAACUGCGGAAAAGCCUGGAAUCUUUACAAACUGUUGAGCAUGAGUUGCAGGUGCUUCAGGUUCAGAAAUCUGCUUCAGAGCAAGAUAUGGAGCUUGCUGCUGAAGAGCAGGGCCAAAGGUCUGGUGGUGUUUGGAAGUGGAUUGCUGGGUAAACCCUGAACAAAAUGCAAGCUUCCUACAAUUGAAUUGGGAUGAGAUGAUAAAGAGCAAAACAAGCUUGUGAGAAAAAGCAUGUUGUCCUAGUUGGAAAUUCACUGUAACCAAGGCUGUUGCUUGAUUUUUUGGCCUCAGUUGUGGACAAAUGGGACCAUGUUUGUCUGCAGGAUCAAGCUGAUUCCUAAAAUGUUAAUCCAAUUUUUUGUUCAGGCUCAGGUUCAACUGAAUAUAUGAACCUAAGAUUGAGUUUGGACUUUGGAAAGGCACGGUGUGGAGUUUGGAAUUUUCUGUUAAAUCAGACCAGAAUUUCCAUAUAGUGUGUUUCUGGUACAAGAAUAAAUGAGUACAAUGGUAAGGUGACUGGCAAUGGGAAGGUACUGGAAUUUCCAUGAUGACCUGAUUGCUAUUAAAUAAUCCCCUUAUACAUCAUUUUCUA